UUCUUAUCAUGCAUCUCUCUUGCUUUUCAUGGUUUCAAUGGUUGUGGUUUCAAUAAAUGUGGCUGCAUAAAAUGCAGCUUAUGGCAGCAAUCAACAGGGACACAUUACAUGUUUUUUAUUCUGAAUUUGGCAAAAACAGGUUUCAAAGCGAUUUCAAAAAGAUGUUACCAUUUGAUCUUUCUAAAACCUAGUUUUCCAUUGUAGAGGAGAGCUAUAAAUUAGUAGAAAAGUAUACUUUGUUUACAAUGAGAAAAAAAUGUUGCAUUGCGCAAAGACUGCAAUCAGUUGAGUUUUAUAUUGCUUGGUAACCACGGACACCAUUCGAAUGUGCGCAACUAAAUGAAAGUUACGCAACAUCUGUCUGGCCAAUUUUUUUUUUUUUUAUCUGUGUUAUACAACAUGACGGUGACACCCCAUAAUUUAUCACCAGGUUUCGUUACAAAAUAACAUAUUCGAGGGAUUAGUUCACCCAAAAAUGAAAAUUCAUUAUUUAUUUACCCUCAUGUUAUUACACACAAGUCCUUUUUACCACCUUCAAAUGUAAGAAGAGAUGUUACAGUAAUGGCAGUCACCAUUCACUCUCACAGCAUCAUUUUUUCAUAUAAUGGAUGUGGAGGCUGUCAGCCCCUAACAUUCUGCUUAAUAUCUCCUUUCAAGUUUCACAGAACAAUUAAUCCCAGAGCAGCUCGAGGGUAAAUGAUGACAGAGUUUUCAUUUUUGGGUGAUCAAUCCCUUUAACAUGUAAUAACUUAUCAUGAAUGUGAUACACAUCACACACACUCAGUACAGCGUGAUUGUCAACGGUAUUUGGCGCGCCGCGCGAGGGAGGAUCUAGUAGUGUUGUAUGGCUUUGCUGUUGCUACGGCAACAGACAUAGCGCUCUGAGAACGCUGAUACGUUCCAAAACAAAGUUGAUAACCUGCCGAGAAAUAUGUUUGAAUGCGUUUAAUUCGUUGGAAAAACUUUAACAUUAGCACAUUAACUGCUUUUAAUAAAUUAAUUCCUGAAAAGUGAUUAGUAUCAUAAUGCGAAAGGCGCAGUCUGGAGGCUCGCGUGGAGGAGUGUCGAGCGCCGUCGAUGAUGUAGUGGUGCUGCAGCUCCGCGCGCUCUGGAGAAGAUAUGAGCAUCACUGCAUGCAGAUUGACAGCUGUCCCAGUGCAGUGCUCAAACAGGACAUCCUUCACCAAAUCGACAAACAGGAACAUCUCAAAAAGAUAACACUGUCAUUUCCAGAUUGCGGGCCCUCAGACACUAUUCUGCCCAGCCUUCAGCCUCUGUUAAUGGCUAUACGAGACGAGCGUUACACACAUGCACAAGAAUUCCACAUCUGGAGUCUGUCUCUCAAGCAAACAGAUAUAGUUGAGCUGUGUCUUCUUUUGGAGCAAAGGGGGAGGACAGUUUAUCCCUUCAGGUCGCUGGAGCUGCUUGAUUGCAAACUGACUGAAUGGUCUCUGGAAAGAUUGGGCAAGGCUGCAGGCAUCAGCUACCUCACCACACUCUGCCUAGACUACACACACGUGGGACAGGAAGGGUUGAAAGGUUUGCUGAGUGGUGGUUUGGGGACCAGUCAAAUAUGUUCCUUGAGUUUAUGUUAUUGUGGUUUGGGUUCAUGGAGCGGAACUCUGCUAGCUUCACUUCUCACCAACAGUUCUGUGAGGGAGCUGUACAUCAAUGGCAAUGAGCUGCAAUGUGUGGGUGCCAUUGAGCUGCUGAGACCUGUGGCUGAAAACAGCCAAAAAAUGGCAGAGAUCCAAAACAGGACCACAUCCAUCACAGAUGAGACAGAGUUGAUCUCCCAAAUGAGCAAUACGUCUUCCAGGCAAAAGAAAGCAAAUAAAAAAGGAAAGAAGACGAAGAAGAAAAGAGAAAAAGCAAAGAGCGGUCCUAGUGUUGCAAGGGGCCCAUGGCUAAAGAAGCUGCACAUGUUUGAUAACUCCAUUGAUCACUCAGAAAAGGAGCAACUAACUCGAUUCUUGGAGCUCCUUUGCAUUCUAGUACGGUUCUCCACUCAUCUGACUGAACUGGACCUUGGUGAGAAUCACAUCGGAGAGGAUGGUGGGAAAGUGCUUUUAGAGGCCCUAAGAGAGAGACAAGCAGCUAAACUAUCUCCAAUUAAAGUCCAAGUUUCAACACGCAUGUCCACAGAAACAUUCAGUGCCAUUUUGAAAAGUGCAAAGGAACUUAAAUCUGGGAAAAAGAGAAGAAAGACAAAGGGAAAAACAAAGUAGCUCUUCUGUCUGAAGGAUAUUGAAAGGAUGUUACUGGUUUACACAAGAAUGUUUUUUGGGACUGUUUCACCAUAUUUGUCGCCAUAGUUUUUUAGAAAUCCUCCUCUUCCAUGUGGCCUGAAUUGUGUUUGACAACAGCCGCGCACCAAAUGUGACCGCACAACAGACUCACGGAUUAUGAAGCACUUAUUUGUCAGUGGUGCACCAGCAGAGGUUCUGGAUCAAAUCUUAUUUUUUGUCACUCUAUUGGGAGCUUGAAAUAGCAUAAGGAUGUUUGUUCUUAAGUGCUUCUUCCGUUUCCUUCUCCCUUCACAUCUUUGCUGACGGAAUGUGAGUCCUUGUUUGUGUUUUUUCAUAACAGUUUAAUACAUGAAAUGUUUAUAUUUUACAGAAUAAUGUGAAAGACAGAGUAGCAUUUAUUUAUGUGUUUCUCUGUGUGUCUGCCAUAUUAUGGAGAGCAGAGCAGACACGUGAAUACGUUUUCUGGUAAAUUUGGUUUUGUCUCCACCCUAUGGCCAAGAAUGAUACUACACUGUUGUAUUAAUUUCUAUGGAUUUAACCUCCACAGGCUAAUUGCCUGUUUUACUUUUGCCAUUGUUCUGUUACCUCAAAAUAAAGUGAAUCCAAA